AUGGGCAACGAAUCCUCUACGCCCGUGGACGAAUCCAUCCCGCCAACCACCUUGAUAGCGCGCAGCAUCGACGGAGUUGCGCGAUACAUCAAGGAGAAAGAUUGCAAGCGGAUCGUGGUCAUGACAGGUGCUGGUAUCAGUACAUCUGCGGGAAUACCAGACUUCCGUUCCCCUGACACGGGUCUGUAUGCAAAUUUGGCCAGACUAAACUUACCCUAUCCUGAGGCGGUGUUUGACAUUGGCUAUUUCAAGAACAACCCGCUCCCGUUCUAUGCAUUGGCACAUGAGUUGUACCCAGGUAACUUCAGACCUACGGUGACUCAUUCAUUUAUUAGCCUGCUACACAAGAAAGGCCGGCUGCUUAAGCUCUUCACGCAGAAUAUUGAUUGCCUUGAGCGACAAGCUGGAGUGCCGGACGAUAAGAUUGUCGAGGCACACGGCUCUUUUGCCAAGCAGCGCUGUGUUGAAUGCAAGACCGAGUACCCCGAUGAUCAAAUGAAGCAAAGGGUUGCACAGAAGGAGGUGCCGCACUGCGUCAAGAAGACAUGUAAUGGUCUUGUCAAGCCGGACAUUGUCUUCUUUGGUGAGGCUCUGCCAGAGGCGUUCCACCAAAACCGCAGCCUCCCAGCUACAGCUGAUCUUGCCAUUGUCAUGGGCACGAGUCUGACUGUGCAGCCUUUCGCCAGUCUGCCAUCAUUCGUGAGUGAGGAGACCCCGAGAGUCCUUAUCAAUCUGGAGCGGGUUGGUGGCCUUGGUUCAAGGUCUGACGACGUACUGCUUCUCGGGGACUGUGACGUGGGAGUCCGCAAGUUUGCCGAUGCCAUGGGGUGGCGGGACGAGCUUGAGGCUCUGUGGGCUGAGACAGAUCCCGACAAAGGCAAGCCGAAGAAGGUGGAAGUUCCCAAGACCAAGGGGGAGAAACUUGACCACGAUAUCGACAAGCUCACCAAAGAGAUUGACAAGUCUUUAAAGCUGAACGAGGAGACCAGCAAGCGGCUUGAGAAGGAGCUCACCCAAGAAAGUGACGGACAAUCGAAAAGCAACAAGGACUCCGCGAUUUUGGUGCCACCAUCAAAGACAACAAGUGACGCAGUCAGCGACUUGACCCACGUCUUUCCUCACCUGACUGGCGCGGAACGGAAACCUGACAAACCAUCUCUGUGA